AAGCGUGCCAUUGUGACGAAUGUCAUCACAUCAAUGGGUCCUGUUCUUUAUUCUCAAAGCAAUGUUACACGGGAUACCAAGGGGAUUCCUGCAGUGAAGAACUUAAACAAUCAAAAUCACAAGUCGGUGGUAUUGUGGGAGGUAUCAUGGCAUUCUUGGUUGCUGCUGGAGCAGUUGCUGGUGGGAUUUUCUUCAUUAUUAGAAGAAGAAAGCUAAACAAGGAUAAGCCUGGCAAAGACUUCUCGAAUAAACUACCGGCAAGAUCAAAUCGGCGGAAACCUGAUGCACUUGAAAUGAGGAAUAAUGCUUCCAACAACCCUACGUAUUCUAACAACGAAGCCGCAAACGAGGGCGAUUACUACAGUUUUAACGACAGUGCUCCUGGAAUUAAGAUUUCUGAAUUAUGGAGUUACGUCAGAGAAAAAAUGAAGAAUAAUAGAAAACAUCUUUAUGACGAGUUUGCGACACUACCAACUGGCCUUGUCCAUAAACAUGAAGUCGCAUCUCAGGAAAGGUACAAGGGCAAAAACCGUUACAAGGAAAUGUAUGCAUACGACCAUUCACGUGUACCACUUCAAAAGGCAAAACCAGACGAUCCAGAUUAUAUCAAUGCUUGUUUCAUCAAUGGUUAUGAGAAAGUAAAUAAAUUCAUCGCAUCACAAGGUCCUAUGAAGAACAUGAUUGAUGAAUUUUGGCAGAUGGUUUGGCAACAAAAGUCUGACAAAAUUGUGAUGUUGACAAAUCUCAUAGAAAUGGCUUCGAUAAAGUGCAUACAAUACUGGCCAGAGAAAGGUGAAAGUUGUUCAUACGGUGGCAUUGACAUAUCAUACAUCAAUACGAAAGAAUUCAACGACUACAAUAUACGCACAUGGGAAGCCGUGCAGCCUGACAGUAAACCACGACGAAUACGCCAAUUCCAUUUCAAAGCAUGGCCUGACAAGGACGUUCCAGACAGUGCUUGGUGUCUUGUCAACUUCUGGAAAGCUGUUGACACUAACAAUUCAGCGUAUGGAUCACCAAUUGUAGUGCACUGCAGUGCUGGAGUUGGUCGGACGGGAACAUUUAUCGCCCUUGACAACCUGAUACACCAGGCAAAUGCAGAGAAGAGCAUUCGCCCUCUACAAAUGGUACAGACACUGCGCAGGCAGAGGGUGAACAUGGUUCAGACAAAGGAACAGUACGUGUACCUUCACGAGGCUGUAGCAGAGGCUUUGUUGAUCGGCACACAUCACGUCUACUCCAAGCAGUUUGAUAGUUUCUACAAGCAUAUAGUCAGCAAGGAGCUAGGAUCGACGAGGACGAGAGUGGAAGAACAGUUCGACCUGAUUAGAAAUGGAAUCACAGAAGAGACGGUACAGGAAAGUGGUCAUGAAUAUGGAAACCUUGAAUCCCUGCAAUCUGAAAAUGCAUAUCGCCCUAAACUGAAAAACAGAGGAUCUAACAUUGUCCAAAGUCUUGGAACUAUUUUCUUACCGAACUACGCGAAUAAAAACACAUUCCUGAUGGGCAUGUCGCCGGCAGAAAAAACGCUGGAAGAAUUCUGGUCCUUGAUUGAGGAACAACAUAUCACUACCGUCAUCAUGCUGACGUCGCAGUCACAUGCCGCGUACAAGACAUGUCAGUACCUUGGAAGCAGUGACGGAAAACAAAUCGGCAAGUUUAAAGUUAACUGUAUCCAUGAGAAGCAGAACAAAGCUUUCCAAGAGAAGUGCUUUUCAUUCAAGGACGUUAACCACGAGGAUGAAGAUUAUCUAACGACAAUCCGCCAGUUUGAGUUUUUGGCCUGGCGAGAUGGCGAGGACACGCCCAUGGCGGUCCAGCCCAUGCUAGACAUUUUGGAGGCAAUCAACAGAUGGCAGCCUCACCUCGGCGAGACUAGACCCAUCCUCAUACAUUGCGAAUCAGGAUAUCGUCGCAGUGGGAUUGUGGCUGUACUUCUGAAUGAAGUUCGUCGGGUUCAAGACAACAAGGGCCAGAUCAAUAUCGUGGACAGCGUGAUGAUGAUGAAACAACGAAACAAAGAUAUUGUGCAGAACCCGGCACAACUCCGAUACAUCUACGACGUCAUGCAAGAACAUGUCAAACAGAUCGAUGUUUAUCAAAAUCUGUAGGUCAUGGCAGAAAAGUGUUUACCCAUCUAUACAGACUGUCAAAUAACGGUUUACAUUUAAUAGUUGUGCAUGGUUUUAAUGAAACCUGCUAUACAUUGGCUGUUAUUACUUUUAUUAUACGGAUUUUAUUAUUAUAUAUAGCUAAAGCAGAGAGGUUCAGUGUGGACUAAAUAACUGUGCAAUUCGAAAACGAAACAUGUCUUUUAUAACUCAUAACUAAAAUAAUAUAAUUUUCAUGAUAAAAUUCCGAAAAUUGUUGCAUGAAAUGAGGAAGCACUCUUUUAAGCUUAACGUUUAAAGUCGUUGUAUAAUUGAGAUUCACGACAUAUUAUCAUCAUUGAUCAAUUUUAGACUUAUUUCGUUCCAUGCACAGUAACAAUUACUAUGUAAUAAUAUAUUGUUUUCUGUUGUUAUAUCAACCUGUGAUGCUUACGAAUUUAUUCCCUAUAUUGCAUUGUGUUGGUGUUGGGAUUCAUUUAUGUUCGAAUGAUACUAAAGGAAUGUGCCAUUUAAGGUUAUGGAUAGUGUAAAAAUUAUAAUCAAGUGCUUAAAUUUGUUGUUGAUAUUUGUUUGUAUAACUGUUAGAAUGAAACGUUUCAAAAAGAAAACACGUUCAAGUAAAAAAAAGAUAUGUAAAAGUUAACAUCUAAAGUAUGUUUAAAAAGUUUGGUAUGAAUUUGAAUUUUUAUCCUUUCAUGAACAUAUAAAUCUUAUAUUGAUUGCGUUUUUGUUUGUUAUAAUACAUACUAUUAUAUGCAUAUGUUUUAAUACGUUUAUAUAAAAUCAAAUAUUAUUUGAAGGAUUACCAAUGUUACGUGCUAUAGGGACAGGCAUCGAAAUUCUUAAUUUCAUGUGUAAUGUUAAUUUACUGCUGGAAGCAACGAUAAGAUAAUGGUAAGUGAGAGUGAUUUAUAUAGGAAAUAUAUAUAUUGUUUAGAUUGGGGAGCAACGCCAUUACAAAUAUGAUGAUUUUAGUAUUCAAACAUAAGUCCAUAUGAGUAACUGUUUUGUGAUUAUACAUAUUCCUACAAUAACACAAUUUUAACUCAAUUUUAAAACAAUUGUGAACAACAUGAAAUAUGUGAUAGAUUCCCUUUAUUAAGAAAUGUAUUUUUUUAACAAGUUUAUUUCUGUAACCAAGA